GGACAUUCUUAACAUCAGCAGGGUCUGUGGCUCUCUGCUGCCUGCUGCUGCUCGCACUGGUUACACUUAGUUUGAGCGCCAAAAGAAAAAAGGGUCGCUGGUUAACUGGUUAGUGGUAAAUUUGCGUCGCGAAAAGCAAUGUUAAUUUGUCUCGCUGGAGGUGAUAAACAGUUAUUUUACCCUCCUUUCUCUUCACUCCCCUUCUAGAGAGCCGUUGCUACCUCGGUUCUUACCCUAGAAGCGGCGGCGAUAACGUCCAACGGUCGACCCCGGUCUGGCGAGGGCAACGGAGCUAAGAUUCGGACAGAUCUGGUUCAGACGAUUCGCUGAAGUAUCAAUUUGUCUUCAUGACAUGCCAUAACCAUUGGUGGUUGUAGCCUGAAUUGACAACUUAUUCAACGAUACCGUCUGAUUUAUGGAUCCUCCCUUGACUAAAUCCUAUAGUUGAGCUCCUAGAGGAACGGCGAGUGCAAUGGAGCUUAGUAGACCGCAGAUCUGGAGUAGGAGAGUAGGUGGCUCAAUGUUGACUUUGUGACUGAGAAUCCGACCACCACGCUUUGAUCUCAAGCCAUUUAGUUGUGAAAAUUCGACUGCUACAGCGUUGCUGAACUCAUUUCGUUUCUGAACCAUCUCCUGUGCUUGAGGCAAUGGAAGAAUCACCAUCUGGUGGACAUCGGUUUAGAAGAAUACCACACCAACUAUUUGAUUCUUGUCCAGAGUUAGAUCCACUGCUCAAUGAAAAUUUGGAGCAGUGGCCGCAUCUCAAUGAACUGGUUCAAUGCUAUAAGGCAGAUUGGGUAAAGGAUGAAAACAAGUAUGGGCACUAUGAAAGCAUAUCUCCUAUUUUGUUUCAAAAUCAGCUAUUUGAAGGGCCUGAUACUGAUGUAGAAACGGAGAUGCGUCUUGCCAAUGUAAGGCAUUCCAAGGCUGAAGAUGCUACUGAUGAUGAUGCUCCUAGCACCUCAGGAAGGCAAUCCUCAGAUAUUGGCUCAACUAACAUGCUGUACUCAAAGGUUUUGAAGCAUUUUGGUGAAUCUCCAUUGCCUGCUUAUGAGCCAGCUUUUGAUUGGGAAAAUGAGAGGUCAAAAAUAUUUGGGCAAAGGACUCCAGAAAGUCAUCCAAUGCAGUAUAAAAGUGGAUUGAAGAUCUCUGUGAAACUUUUGUCAUUAUCAUUUCAGGCUGGGCUUGUUGAGCCAUUUUAUGGUACAAUUUGCUUGUAUAAUAGAGAGAGAAGAGAGAAACUGUCGGAGGAUUUCUAUUUUCGUGUGCUACCAACAGACAUACAGGAUGAUAGACUUUCUUCUGAGCGACACGGUGUUUUCUCUUUAGAUGCUCCAUCACCAGCAGUUUGCCUGCUGAUACAGCUAGAGAGGCCAGCAACAGAAGAAGGAGGGGUUACUCCUUCUGUAUAUUCACGCAAAGAACCAGUCCAUUUAACUGAGAGAGAAAGGCAGAAGCUUCAAGUGUGGUCCCGAAUCAUGCCUUACAGAGAGUCUUUUGCUUGGGCUUUGGUUCCACUGUUUGAUAACCACAUUGCUGCAUCUUCUGGUGGUGCUACCUCUCCUAGCAGCCCCCUUGCCGCUAGUAUGUCUGUGUCAAGUUCCCAAGAGAGUGCUGAACCUGUUACAAGAAUUAUGUUAGAUGGGAAACCAACCCAAUAUUCAAGUGAAAGCUGUGUUGUCGAAAUUUCAAACCUAAAUAAGGUUAAAGAAUGCUAUACUGAGGACUCACUUCAGGAUCCUAAACGGAAGGUUCAUAAGCCAGUGAAAGGUGUUCUGAGGUUGGAAAUUGAAAAGCUACAAUCUGGCCAUUUUGAUCUGGACAAUAUUUCAGAAUGUGGCAGCGUGACCAACGAUUCAAUUGAUGCUGGCGACCGUUUUGCUGAUUCUGCAUUCUCUAAAUGCCUCAGUAAUGGUUCUGAAGGUGCUCGGAAUGGCAAUUCUAGAUGGAAUGUCCUUGAGAGUAAAGAAUUGCGCAGAAAUGGUUCCAGUGUUGUUACUGGAAAUAAUCCUGAUUUCAGUGCUGAUGAUUUCCAUGCUUUUGACUUCCGUACUAUGACAAGAAGUGAACCAUUUUCAGAGCUUCUUCAUUGUCUUUAUUUGUAUCCAUUGACUGUCAAUUUGAGUCGGAAAAGGAAUUUAUUUAUAAGGGUGGAAUUGAGAAAAGAUGAUGCAGAUAUCCGUAAGCAACCUGUUGAGGCAAUGUAUCCAAGAGGCCCAGGUUUAUCGCUUCAGAAGUGGGUUCAUACCCAAGUAGCUGUUGGUGCUCGGGUGGCCUGUUACCAUGAUGAAAUUAAGCUCUGUCUUCCUGCUCUUUUGGCACCGCAACAUCAUAUUUUAUUUACUUUCUUUCAUAUUGAUCUUCAAACAAAAGUUGAAGCUCCAAAACCUGUGAUAGUUGGUUAUGCUGCACUCCCAUUGUCUGCACAUAUUCAGUUACAUUCUGAAAUUUCCCUUCCGAUUAUGAGAGAGCUGGUUCCACACUAUCUGCAAGACAAUGGCAAGGAGAGGCUGGAUUACUUGGAAGAUGGAAAGAAUGUGUUCAGAUUGCGGUUGAGGCUGUGUUCCUCUUUAUUUCCGAUUAAUGAGCGCAUUCGAGAUUUUUUUCUUGAAUAUGAUAGGCAUACUCUUCGCACAAGUCCACCUUGGGGAUCUGAACUUCUGGAAGCAAUCAACAGCUUGAAGAAUGUUGAAUCCAUGUUCUUGCUGCAGUUUCUGCAGCCAAUCUUGAAUAUGCUUCUCCAUCUUAUAGGCGAUGGUGGUGAAACACUUCAGGUUGCAGCCUUUCGAGCCAUGGUCAAUAUAUUAACCCGGGUACAACAGGAAUCAGCAGAUGGUGCUGAAAGAAACCGUUUUCUUGUUAAUUAUGUGGAUUAUGCUUUUGAUGACUUUGGGGGUAGACAGCCACCAGUUUAUCCUGGCUUAUCCACGGUCUGGGGCAGCUUGGCUCGCAGCAAGGCUAAAGGUUACCGUGUUGGGCCAGUUUAUGAUGAUGUGUUAGCAAUGGCUUGGUUUUUUCUAGAAUUAAUAGUGAAGUCAAUGGCGCUAGAGCAGACUCGUCUAUUCUAUCAUAGUCUUCCUUUAGGUGAAGAUGUUCCACCAUUACAAUUGAAGGAAGGUGUAUUCAGAUGCAUCAUGCAGCUGUAUGACUGCCUACUUACAGAGGUGCAUGAACGCUGCAAGAAGGGGUUAAGCUUGGCAAAACGUUUGAAUAGCAGCUUGGCCUUCUUUUGUUAUGAUCUUUUGUCUGUUGUUGAGCCUAGACAGGUUUUCGAGCUGGUAUCAUUGUACAUGGACAAAUUCUCUGGGGUUUGUCAAUCUGUUUUGCAUGACUGCAAACUUACAUACUUGCAGAUAUUAUGUGAUCAUGAUCUUUUCGUGGAAAUGCCAGGGAGGGAUCCUUCUGAUAGGAACUACCUUUCAUCUGUUCUAAUACAGGAGCUUUUCCUUACAUGGGAUCAUGAUGAUUUAUCUCUGCGAUCCAAAGCGGCUCGAAUCUUGGUUGUGCUUACGUGCAAGCAUGAGUUUGAUGUUCGAUACCAAAAGCCUGAAGAUAAAUUAUACAUUGCCCAGUUGUAUUUUCCACUUAUAGGACAGAUCCUAGAUGAAAUGCCUGUUUUUUACAACCUGAAUGCGGUUGAAAAGCGUGAGGUCUUAAUAGUUGUUAUGCAAAUUCUGCGCAAUUUGGACAAUGCAUCACUUGUCAAGGCCUGGCAACAAAGUGUUGCUCGAACCAGAUUAUUCUUCAAACUCCUAGAGGAGUGUCUUGUUCUUUUUGAGCACAAAAAACCAAAUGACAGCACACUACUGGGGUGUAGUUCUCGUAGCCCUGACAGAGAAGGACCCGUUUCCCCAAAGUACUCUGAUAAGCUCUCACCUGCAAUCAACAACUAUCUUUCUGAGGCAUCUCGACAAGAAGUUAGACCUCAGGGAACACCAGAAAAUGGUUAUUUGUGGCAGAGAAUCAGUCCCCAGUUGAGCUCCCCUAGCCAGCCAUAUUCUUUGAGAGAAGCUCUUGCUCAGGCACAGUCUUCUAGGAUUGGACCUUCAACACGGGCACUAAGAGAGUCUUUGCACCCGAUAUUAAGGCAAAAACUGGAGCUUUGGGAAGAAAACCUAAGUGCAUCUGUUAGUCUUCAAGUUUUAGAGAUCACUGAGAAGUUUUCAACUGCUGCAGCAUCCCACAGCAUAUCUACUGAUUAUGGAAAGCUAGAUUGUAUCACUUCAAUACUUAUGAGUUUUUUCUCACGAAGCCAGUCACUGGCCUUUUGGAAAUGUUUGUUUCCUGUGUUUAACAAUAUCUUCAAUCUUGAUGGUGCAACACUAAUGGCAAGGGAGAAUGAUCGCUUCUUGAAGCAAAUUGCAUUCCAUCUUCUUCGACUAGCGGUUUUCCGAAAUGAUAAUAUUAGGAAAAGGGCAGUCAUUGGUCUUCAAAUACUUGUUAGGAGUUCCUUCUAUUACUUCAUGCAGACAACAAGGUUGAGGGUAAUGCUGACAAUAACCUUGUCAGAGUUGAUGUCUGAUGUUCAAGUGACUCAAAUGAAAUCUGACGGAUCACUUGAGAAGAGUGGUGAAGCUAAGCGUCUUGGGAAAUCCUUGGAGGAAAUGGCGGAUGAUGUUAGGAGUCCUAACCUAUUAAAAGAAUGUGGACUUUCAGAGGAUGUUCUUACAGCAGUUCCUGAAGGUUCUACAGAGAUUCGGUGGUCAUGGUUAGAAGUGAAACCUCUCUCUGACAGUCUACUUCAGGCCCUUGAUGCUGGUUUGGAACAUGCACUUCUUGCUUCCACAAUGACAGUAGAUCGAUAUGCGGCUGCAGAGAGCUUCUAUCGACUUGCAAUGGCAUAUGCACCUGUUCCUGAUCUUCACAUAAUGUGGUUGUUGCAUUUAUGUGAUGCACAUCAGGAGAUGCAGUCCUGGGCUGAAGCUGCACAAUGUGCUGUUGCUGUGGCUGGUGUUAUCAUGCAGGCCCUUGUUGGAAGAAAUGAUGCUGUGUGGAGCAGAGACCAUGUUGCUGCUUUACGGAAAAUCUGUCCCAUGGUCAGCAGUGAGAUUACUGCUGAGGCUUCUGCGGCUGAAGUAGAGGGUUAUGGUGCAUCAAAGCUUACUGUUGACUCUGCUGUGAAAUACCUACAGCUUGCAAACAAGCUAUUCUCUCAAGCAGAGCUUUAUCAUUUUUGUGCAAGCAUUCAAGAACUGAUCAUUCCAGUUUAUAAGAGUCGGAGGGCAUAUGGGCAGCUUGCAAAAUGCCAUACAACCCUGACCAACAUCUAUGAGUCAAUCCUUGAGCAGGAAUCAAGCCCAAUACCAUUCACUGAUGCUACAUACUACCGUGUGGGGUUCUAUGGAGAAAGAUUUGGCAAGCUAGACAGGAAGGAGUAUGUAUACAGAGAACCCCGUGAUGUACGCCUUGGUGAUAUAAUGGAGAAGCUUAGUCAUAUCUACGAGUCCAGGAUGGAUGGGAAUCAAACACUGCAUAUAAUUCCUGAUUCUAGACAAGUCAAUGCAGAUGAGUUGCAGCCAGGGGUAUGCUAUUUGCAGAUAACUGCAGUGGAUCCUGUCAUGGAGGAUGAGGAUCUUGGCAGCAGAAGAGAGAGGAUCUUCUCUCUUUCUACUGGGAGCAUGCGCGCACGUGUCUUUGAUCGCUUCUUGUUUGACACUCCAUUUACAAAAAAUGGAAAGACCCAAGGUGGCCUGGAAGAUCAGUGGAAGAGACGAACUGUACUUCAGACAAAGGGCUCAUUCCCAGCUCUAGUAAAUCGUCUUCUGGUGAUCAAAUCUGAAUCACUUGAGUUCUCACCAGUAGAGAAUGCAAUUGGGAUGAUUGAAACUCGGACAGCUGCACUAAGGAAUGAGCUUGAAGAGCCUCGCAGUUCUGAAGGAGAUCAGCUUCCACGCCUCCAAAGUUUACAAAGAAUACUCCAGGGCAGUGUAGCUGUUCAGGUGAACAGUGGAGUUCUGAGCGUGUGUACAGCCUUUCUAUCAGGCGAGCCUGCAACCAGGCUGCGUUCACAAGAACUGCAGCAACUUAUUGCUGCUCUGCUUGAAUUCAUGGCAGUUUGCAAGCGUGCAAUCAGGGUGCACUUUAGGUUAAUUGGAGAAGAAGACCAAGAUUUCCACACGCAGCUUGUGAAUGGAUUCCAGUCCUUAACUGCCGAGCUUUCCCACUACAUUCCUGCUAUUCUCUCAGAAUUAUGACGUGUUUACAUGUUUUGUGUUCAUUUGGAUUGUUUAUAUGCUUUUUAUUCUUUUGAUUUGGGCGUUCUUUUCUGGGCUGAUGUUCAUAUGGUUACCUGUAUUUUAUCCUGUAUAUGUUCUCCCACCCUACUAAAACGGGCCCUGAUAGUGUUUCGUUUAUUGUUUUCCUCCAAUGGUUCUUUGUUUCAAAUUCACUGAGCAAAAAUCAUAUAUUUGGUUCCAGGUUGAUGUUCCUAGUACUGAGAGGUUUUGGCUGUUAGGGAGUUGCAUUAUCGUUGAAAUGAAAUGGUAAACCAAAAUUUUUGACUUC